AUGCAGUAUGGAAUCGAUACUGCUGCAGUCGGUGGCCUUCAAGCUAUGCCUGGAUUCUUGAUGGUGUUUGGAUACGAGGAACCGGCGAGCCCACUGGGCUAUGGCAUCGACUCGACGGUACAGCAACUCAUGACCUCUUUGUUAAACCUCGGGUCGUGCUUAUCUGCCAUCGCCGCCGGUGUCUUUGGUACAUACUUCGGUCGGAAGAAAGCACUAUGGCUUGCAUGCAUAAUUUGUUUAGGAGCAGUAUCGCUACAAAUUGGAUCGACGUCUAACACAGGCCUUUACGUCGGUCGUCUGUUCUUAGGCUUUUCCAAUGGCUUCUUCGUCGUAUUUUCGACAGUUUAUUGUAGCGAAGCAGCGCCUGCGCACCUGAGGGAAAUCAUGGUUGGCCUAUUUUCGUUCUAUGUGAACCUCGGAAGCAUUAUCGGCUCGGUAAUCGACAACUACACUUCACGCUAUCUUUCCAAACUCUCGUAUCAGAUUCCUCUCGCCUGCAUGUUCAUUGUUCCAGUCCUGCUCGGCACAGCACUUUUCUUCGUCCCCGAGAGCCCUCGAUGGCUUUUGCACCACGACCAGCACGACGCAGCGCGCAGAUCCUUGGAGCGCCUUCGUUUCGACCAUGGGGACGAGUUAGAACUAGAAUGGGCCGAGAUGAUCCGUGGCGUAGCUGAAGAGCGUAGACUGAGCCAGAGUUCGGGAUUUCUGGAUCUCUUCCGUGGAAAUGACUUAAGACGUACAUUGCUUUGUUGGGGUACGAUCGCAAGCCAGUCAGCCAGUGGGGUUUGGUUCUUCAUUGGGUACCAAACGUACUUCUUUACCAUCGCUGGUAUCACAAAAGCGUUCGAAUACAGCAUCAUGAACUCUUGCAUUGGGUUCAUUGGUGUACAUCUAGGUCUCUUCUCCAUGAACAAACUGUUCGGUAGGAGAACGAUCAUGAUCACCGGAGCCAUAAUGUGCGGUUUAUGUGAGCUCGCUUGUGGGAUUGCGAGUAGUGCGAAGCCAAAUUCAACGGAAACUGGGAAUGUGUUGGUAGCUUUUACGGCGCUGUUCAUGUUCUGUUAUAAUGCUGGAGUGGGUGUUGCCACAAGUCCUCUAGCAACCGAGCUUGUUAGUUCGCGCCUGCGCGCUUGGACUGUAGGAAGUGCGAACGCAUUGGGGUACUUUCUUGCUUGGCUGGUUGGCUUCUGCUCACCCUACUUCAUCAACCCCCAAGAUCUUGACUGGGGCCCGCAGUAUACCUAUAUCUGGGCAGCUUCGAACUUUCUAUGCGUGAUAUGGUUCUACUUCUUUCUCCCUGAGACGAAAACGCGAUCGUUGGAAGAGCUCGAUGAGAUCUUUGAAGCGGGCGUCGCAGCACGGAAAUUCAAACAAUAUGAGUGCAGGAUUAAAGAGGAUGCUAAGCAAGAUGUUUAUGGACAAGAAAAGUCUGAGGUGGUAAAUCAAGCGGUAUGA